GCGCGUGCGCUGCUCGCGUUCUCAUUGGCUGUCGGGGCGCGCAUGCGCGCUGACAUCUGCGGUCAGACGUGCAGCGAGGCUCGGUGGGACGUGACCUGUCGCGGCGGAGCCCUGAGGGCGCGGCCGGCCGUGGGAGCCGGUUCCACCCCCUUGGUGUGGCGACCUCCGGUGUGCCGCUGUCUCUGGGCCGGUUCUGCCGCCGCCGCCGCUCCGCCGGGUCCCGCUGCAGCAGCCACUCCGCUCCGCGCGGUGGCGCCGCCGUGGGGGACAUCCCCCCUCCCCAUUUGCCGGUCACGUGACCCGUGUUGCUUCGCACGUGACCGGUGGGCGGCGCAUGCGCGGUGCGGCGGGGGCGGUGCAGGCGGGCGGCGCUGAGGGCGGAGGCGGCGGCGGCGGCCGGAGCGGGGCCGGGCUCGGCCGUGUUGGGCCGGCGCGAAAUGGCGGACAGGUUCUCCCGCUUCAACGAGGACAGGGACUUCCAGGGCAAUCACUUUGAUCAGUAUGAAGAGGGGCACCUGGAGAUAGAGCAGGCAUCUCUAGACAAGCCCAUCGAAUCGGAUAAUAUUGGACAUCGCUUACUCCAGAAACAUGGGUGGAAGCUGGGCCAGGGAUUGGGAAAAUCACUGCAGGGGAGGACGGAUCCCAUCCCUAUCGUCGUCAAGUACGAUGUCAUGGGCAUGGGCCGGAUGGAGAUGGAGCUCGACUAUGCCGAGGAUGCCACAGAGCGGAGGCGAGUGCUGGAGGUGGAGAAGGAAGACACCGAGGAGCUGAGGCAGAAGUACAAGGAUUAUGUUGAUAAAGAAAAGGCCAUUGCCAAGGCUUUGGAAGACCUCAGAGCAAACUUCUACUGUGAGCUCUGUGACAAGCAGUAUCAGAAGCACCAAGAGUUUGACAACCACAUCAACUCUUAUGACCACGCUCACAAGCAGGAAGGAACUCGGGAUUAUUGCCCAACAGGGAUGAUAGCUGAUGUAUUGAAAGCAAACCCUUCUAAUUUGGGAGUCCAGAUCACAAGAAGGUUGAAAGAUCUCAAGCAAAGGGAAUUUGCUCGCAAUGUCUCGUCGAGAUCCCGGAAAGAUGAGAGGAAGCAGGAGAAAGCCCUGCGGCGCCUGCACGAGCUGGCUGAGCAGAGGAGGCAGCCUGAGUGUGCUCCUGGAAGUGGGCCCAUGUUCAGGACCACCACGGUGGCUGUGGACGAGGAAGGUGGAGACGACGAUGAUUCCGCAGCCAACAGCGGCUCCUUUGUCCAGAUGAGCUCAGGCCAGGCCACAGAGAUGACCACGGACAGAGGAUUCCUGAACACAGGACAAGGCACUGUGAUGCCAGGCCAGACACCCGCCCAGGGGGCACAGGCCAUCAGCUUUGGCAUUAAGAGUUCUGUGGGAGCUCCUCUGCAGAAGAUUGGGGUGUCCUUUUCCUUCGCCAAGAAGACCCCAGUGAAGCUGGAGACCAUCGCUUCUGUUUUCAAGGACCAUGUGGAUGAGUCCAAUUCUGCAGAUGGGGCAAAAGGUGAUGAGAGGGGGUCCUCAGAGGCUGGCAGCCUGCAGAAGUCUGGGGAUGGUGAAGGCACCAAUAAUUCUGAUGGCAAGGCAGAGGAUGAUGACCAGCACGACAAGGAGAGUGGGGCUCUGGCCAGCACCUUAUCCAAACUGAAGAAGAUGAGACGAGAAGAUGGACCAACAGCUGUGGAACCAGAAUAUUACCACUAUGUCCCCCCAGCCCACUGUAAAGUAAAGCCAAACUUUCAGUUCCUGCUUUUCAUGAAGGCUACUGAGCAAACAGAAGCAGAAAAUGCGAAUAAAAAAAACGCGCACGAAACAAAAAAGGGGAGUUCCCCCAAACCCAAACCCAGCAAGCACACGGAAAAGGCUGCUGAGAGCACGGGGCAGCAGAAGGAGCAGAGUACUACUGAAAGUGCAGCUCAGCAGGGCAAAACAGAACGAAAAGAUAUCCCAGAGAAUGAAAAUACACAGGAGAGCAAGCACCUUCCAGAGGGCAAUCCCCCCGAGCCAGACACUGCUAAAGAAGCUCCUCCUCCUGCCUUGGGCUGCAGAGAUGGCUCUGAGGGACCAAAGCACCCCACAGGACCUUUUUUCCCUGUUCUGAGUAAGGACGAGAGCACGACGCUGCAGUGGCCUUCAGAGUUACUCAUCUUCACCAAAGCUGAGCCCUCUGUGUCCUACAGCUGCAACCCCCUGUACUUUGACUUCAAGCUCUCCCGUAACAAGGAUGCAAAAGGGAAAGGGGCAGAGAAAUCCAAGGAUCCAGGGGGGAUUUGUAAAGACAACACUCAGAGCACAGAACCUGGUGAGGUGAGCAAAGCCAAGGAGGCUGAAAGUGUAGGGAACAGUUCUGCUCAAAAAAUGGAAAACAAAUCCCAGAGCAAGCAGGAGUCCGGUGUGGGAAGCAUCAGUAAGGGAGAGGGAGAGGACAGCAGUAAGGGUAUAAUGGGUAAGAGUAAAUCUGGAAGGUCCCAUAAACACAAAAAGAAAAAGAAGCACAAAAAGUCCAGCAGACACAAACGCAAACACAAGGAGGAAGCUGAGGAGAAGGCCCGGAAAACCGAGCUGGGGGAAGAGAAACCCAAGAAACGGAAAAGACACAGGCACAAGAAAGGUAAAUCCUCCCUUUCGACGGAGUCAGACCGGGCACUGAAACCUGAACCGUCUGAAGACUGCAGCCAUUUCCAGAAGAAAAAGCGAUGCUCCCAGGAGUCCCAGAGGAAAUCUCUGUCUGCUGAGGAGGGAAGCAGCGGUAAGAAAGAGGACGGGGGUAACUCCUGCCAAGAGCACAGCAGCAAAAGACACAAGGCUGAGCUGCAGCAGGUGCCUGGUGCGAGGAGGCGCUGCCCGGCUCUGUCCCAGGCCCGGAGCGGCCGCCGGAGCCGGCAGAGCAGCGGCGACUACGACAGCGACGAGGGCUCCCCCAGCAAGCACUGCCACCAGAAGUCCCCGUCACAGUACAGCGAUGACUACGACUCGGGCAGCGAGCACUCCCGCAGCCGCUCCCGCUCGGGCCGCAGGCACUCCUCGCACAGGUCCUACUCCAGCAGCUCGGACGCGUCCUCGGAGCACAGCCGCUACGGCCGCCAGAGGAGCUACUCGGACGACAGCUACAGCGACUACAGCGACCGCUCCCGCUGCCACUCCAAGCGCUCCCAGGACUCGGAGGAUGACUCCGACUACAACAGCUCAAACCACCGCUCGAAGCGGCGCAAAUACUCCUCAUCGGAAGACGACUACAGCUCGAGCAGGAGCAGGUCCAGGAGUCGGAGCAGGAGCCGAACCCAUCCUCGAGGCAGGUCGAGAUCGAGGAGCCGGGGCAGGAGCCGCAGCAGCAGCUGCAGCCGCAGUCGGAGCAAGAGGAGGAGCCGCAGCGUGACGGGCCGCAGCUGGAAGCGCAGCCGCAGCUACAGCCGCAGCCGCAGCACCCGCAGCCACUCACAGAGGUCCCUGUCACGGAAGGGCUCGCGGGGCCACGAGAGCCCCGAGGAGCGAAGGUCUGGCAGAAGGGACUUCAUCAGGUCCAAGAUCUAUCGCUCCCAGUCUCCUCACUAUUUCCGGACAGGCCGAGGUGAGGGGUCGCUGCUGAAGAAGGAGGAUGGCAAAGGAGAGGAUCUGAAAGGAUCUGGCUCCCUGUCCCAGAACAGCAGCGGCUCUGGCACAGGGCGGGCCUCGGAAGGGGACUGCAGUCCUGAGGAGAGGAACUCGGUCACUGCAAAGCUGCUCCUGGAAAAGGUGCAGUCCAGGAAGGUUGAGAAGAAGCCCUCUGUCACUGAUGAGAUGCUGUCAGGGGCAAACAAGGUGGGCAUAAAGCUCAAAGAUCCUCCCCAGGGCUACUUUGGCCCCAAACUGCCUCCAUCCUUAGGAAACAAACCGGUUCUGCCCUUAAUUGGGAAGCUGCCAACCAUUCGAAAACCGAACUCCAAAAGAUACGAGGAGUCUGGCUUGGAGAGGGGCGAGGAUCAGGAGCUGUCAGAUGCUGAGGAUGGUUCUCAAGGCAUGGAGGAGGGUCAGCUGGCCAGCCAGUCUCUCCUGGAAGACGUGGUGAUGGUAAUUCAGGACAAACCUCUGGAUGAGCAGAAACGUGAUGAAGCCUCUGUGGAGAUGCCAUCCCUUCCCCUGGACACGCCGGCACUCCCCGAGUGCUUUGGCUCCGGAGAUCUGGUCAUGCCACACAACUUCCUCUCAGAUCCGAGCGAUGGCGAUGGGCUGGAGCCUAUGGAUGGGAGCAGCCAGCCGGUCCCAGUGGAAACGAGUAUGAUGCCCUUAGUUCCAGAUGUUGAGCACUUUCCUGGCUACGUGCCUCAGAGCGGGGAACCCAGCAUGGAAGGAGAUCGGGAGGGGACAGAAGAUUCAUCUCUAGCCCCACUGGAGAGCCAGCCCAUCACCUUCACCCCCGAGGAGAUGGAAAAGUACAGCAAGCUGCAGCAGGCGGCCCAGCAGCACAUCCAGCAGCAGCUGCUGGCCAAACAAGUCAAGGCCUUCCCCGCCUCAGCAGCCCUGGCUCCGGCCGCGCCUGCACUCCAGCCCAUCCACAUCCAGCAGCCGGCAGCGGCGUCGGCCACGUCCAUCACGACGGUGCAGCACGCCAUCCUGCAGCACCACGCCGCUGCCGCCGCCGCUGCCAUCGGCAUCCACCCCCACCCACACCCGCAGCCCCUCGCUCAGGUCCACCACAUCCCCCAGCCACACCUGACUCCCAUUUCCUUGUCCCACCUGACCCACUCGAUUAUUCCAGGGCACCCCGCCACAUUCCUGGCCAGCCACCCCAUCCACAUCAUUCCGGCGUCCGCCAUCCACCCGGGCCCCUUCACCUUCCACCCUGUCCCUCACGCUCUCUACCCGACCCUCCUGGCUCCGAGGCCUGCGGCUGCUGCUGCCGCCACGGCCCUGCACCUCCACCCCCUGCUGCACCCCAUUUUCUCAGGACAGGACUUGCAGCAUCCACCCAGCCACGGCACAUGAAGGACAAAAUGAAGGAACCUCGGAGGAAGGAGAAUAUUUGGCGUUUUGGGAAGGGGUUGGAGUUGAUCCAGCGGGCAGGUGAGGUCUGAGCAUUUCCUUUCACUCUUGAGCAGCCAAAGAAGCCAGAGGCUCGAGGGCUGGGCUCUUGGCUGUAUCCCAGGGAUGUCUCGCUCCAGCUCCUCCGUGCACGCAGCAGCACCGCUCUGGAAGAACCAUUUCACCUUUAGAACAGCGAGACUCUUGGAAAGGAUUUUUUUCCCCUGGAUUCUUACACUUGGUCAUCUUCCUUCUGCCACCUUGUAUAUGAUAAAUGAGGUUUCAUCCACACUAAUAGGAUCUCUAAAAGUCCUUUUAAUGAGGUCAUCUAAUUAAAAUAGCAUGAUUGAAUCCGGCUUGUAAUUGGCGAUGGAACAUCGGGAGCUGUCGGCUGCGGAGGGGCUGGAGGCCUCCGUUUUCAGGCGUUGCAGGAGGUUCCUUGGCCCCUGUCACUGCACACGUGGGUUUUUCUUGGUGUGAGCAGCAAAGGUGGAAGUAAGAUCUUAGUGUAAAGAGGAGGAGGAGCUCUGUGUGUGUACCCAGAGCUCCCGUCUUUCUCCAUCCUGCAUCUGCGCUCUCCUGCUCCAGGACCAUGCCUGGAUAUCCCAGACUGGAGAGGGGUUCUCGGGUCAGGGGUUGGGAUUCCAGUCUGGGCUUUGACCACUCUUCUCCUGAAAGGGGGAAAAAAAUCACUCUGAAUUCCAUCCUCUGUGGUGUUGGGAAAGAGGCACUGGGAUGGGAGAGAGAAGGAAAAUCCUGUUAGGAAUUGAAGCAAUACAGAGGACGGGGGAGCGCGGCCAGGAUGUAAAACGUGUUCUUUCCUCUGUAACACUGAUGGUCUCCUUAUUAAUUUAUAGGAUUUUUUUUUUUUUUUUUAAUGUAAAGAAUUGCACUGAACUCUGUAAACAAAGAUGCUGCUUUUUGUAGCUCCUAUCAAAGGUUACAUUUGUAGUAUAUCGCAAUAAUAUUUUUUACAGCCAGUUCUUAGUGGUACUUGUUCUGGUGGCUUCUGUGUAAAUAUGUUUGCUGUAGGUGACCCAAGACACUUGUAAAGGUUCAAUUUAUAGUUUCAGCUAGAUGCAGAACAGCUAAGCAUGUAUAUUUUAUCAAGCUCAUGUAUUUUUGAAGGUUUUAUGUACUAUAAAAUGUAAAAACAAAAAAAAAAAUCUUCAUUUAGAAUUUUGCAGAAGAAAAAAAAAAUCAACAGGUGAGACUUGGGCAAGGUGAGGGGUGUAGGGGUAGCAGUGACUCUGGCAGGUAAUGCUGCGUUCCUCCCUGCCAUAGGAAUGGGCAUUGGAGCGGCCUGGGGAGCAGCAGGAAUUCAGGGUGCUCCCAGAGUACAGAGAGCCCUUUUUUUUCAUUUUUCCUUUCCUUUUUCCCCCCAUUUGGAAGCAGUAAUGUGCAAACCCUGCUGGUGCAGGAGGAGCCUUGGGACUGUUCCCAUCCCACACGUGGCGUUACCCCAGUUUAGUCCAUAAGGGAUUUCCCAGCAUCACCUGGCUCAGGUGAUGCUGCCCGUGGGAGUGCAGGACAGCUCCUGUGUCCCCACUGCCAGGGCAUCGCAGCUGGCACAGCCCUUGGGCCACCACCGCUGGAAGGAGAGAUUUCAGAGCAGUGUGAGGAUGUGGUGACAUCCCUGUUCCUUCCCCCAUCCUCUUCCCCAUCCUCAUCCUCUUUCCUGUCCCCUCCUGGAGCGCAGCACAAGACCAGGCAGAGUCAAAGGAUCAAAAUCCCCCUGAGCUCUCUCACCGUGUAAAUGAGACUUUGGAGCAGGUCAGAGUGACAGCAGUCACAAAAAAGGGACUCAAUUUCCUGUAAAUACCGAACAAUUCAGUGUUACUGUCAGAGCUGAGCUUCUUAGGGCCUGUCUGUGCCCCGGCCCCAUCACACUGUGGGCAGGGAUUGUUUUUGGACUUCAGGAUAGCGCUAAAAUAAUUAACCUGUCAUUACUUAACGAGCAUAAACAGACUGUAUUUAACUUUGUCACAUAAGAUAUAUAUAUAAAUAUAUAUAUAUGCUGUAAAAUGAGGGAAAAAAAACCUUUCUAAUAAACCAAUGAUUUGU